ACUGUCAGGAAUUAAUAGCAAUCCCACACUCCUCAAUGGUAGUAAUAACAUAAAAUCAACCACGCACGCACACCGUGUUUCCCCUCUAGUUGAGGAAAAUAAUGACACACAAACACACCCUCCUAUAGCCUCAUUCAGCUGCCUGAGGAAGCUGCUGUGCACUGAGCUGCUAUAGCAGGUGAUCGCCCUUAUUUGGUAACAGCCUGGAUCAUGUGACCACAAAAUGGUGGAAGCUGUGAGCUGUUUGUAGGCUGAGCAUCUCCACCGAGAGGGCUGGAAGCAGGAAAUAGGCAGAGAUCCUGGAAGUACAUCCAUGAUCUGAGACAAAAACCAGGACAGAGAAUCCCGAGCCCCAGCAGUGCGGUCCUCCAGGGGAUGGACCUGGCAUCAGAGAGCAAAAUGAACUCUGAGGGGGGCGAAGGCAGACCAGUCCCUCCUACCUCACUACCCCUACAAGGAGGCGCCACCCAGAGAAAAAAGCUAUCGGCUCCUCCCAUCAGCCUGUCAUUGGACCAGAGUGAGGACGACCUGGGGGAGACACCCGACGAUCUGGACAUUAAUGUGGAUGACCUCGACACCCCAGAUGAAGGGGAUUAUUUGGACUACACAGACCAUGAAAUGGACUGGGAAGACCCCGGUGCAGCUAGCAGGGGUGGAGUAAAUGAGCCUUACGAUCCAAUCCCAACAUACAGCGCUGAAGAGGAACGUCAGGAUGGCAAACUGUGGAGGGCGGUCAUCAUCGGGGAGCAGGAGCACCGCAUCAACAUGAAGAUCAUUGAGCCAUACAUGAGAGUCAUCUCCCAUGGAGGAUACUAUGGCAACGGAGUGAAUGCCAUCAUAGUGUUUGCUGCCUGUUUCCUACCAGACAGUGACAGAGAGGAAUACCAUGAAAUAAUGGAGAAUCUCUUUCUCUAUGUGAUAAGCACAUUGGAGCUGAUGGUGGCAGAAGACUACAUGAUUGUGUACCUGAAUGGAGCCACACCACAUAGAAGAAUGCCUGGCCUUGGCUGGUUGAAGAAAUGUUAUCAGAUGAUUGACAGAAGGCUCAGGAAGAAUUUAAAAUCCUUCAUUAUUCUUCAUCCGUCAUGGUUUAUCAGGACUGUUCUAGCCAUUACCAAGCCCUUCAUCAGCGCCAAGUUCAGCAGUAAGAUAAAGUACGUGACUAGUCUGGAUGAGCUGAAGGAACUCAUCCCCAUUGACAGCAUCCAGAUCCCAGAGUGUAUCAUUAGACUUGACAAGGAACUGAAGGAAGCUGCAGAGAAUUCAAGAGUCCAUAGUUUUCUGCUGGGACCAGAGCCAGCAGCAGCAGCAGCAGCAGGCAGAACAGAUAGGCAAGACGCAGCUGGUGCCAGCAGCUCUUAAACCCAAACACCCAAAAUUGAUGGGUCACCUCAAUGUUCAGAAGUCACUGUUGUAUUUUACGGGUGAAGCUGGAAGGCUUGUUCAGCUGUAGUGUGUGUGUGCGUGUGUGUGUGUUUCAGUGGUUGCCAAUAAGUCACUGGAGUUUAAUAUGAAAAUGUACAAUCUUACACUCAGAUCUCAUUCUUUAUGGCUGCUGUAGCAUCUUCUGUACCUUAAACUUACACUCCAGAGGAUUCAAUGUCAAGCGUGAAGCUCGGCAUCACCUCCAGAGCAGCAUCACAGUUCACGGUAGCGUUGGAAACGCAAUUACACACCAGACAGUGCACUGCGCAAAAUCCAUUUUAUAGAGCCGAUAGUGUUUGUAGUUGUGUGCAUUAGAAGCAGUGAAGCAAUAAUAACAUCCUUUACUGGUGAAACGCACUCAGUAUUUCAGAUAAAUAAGCAACCUGUGUGUCAGCAAGUUACAAUAAAAGCACAUGGGUUUUUUUGCCAAAAAGAAAAAGAAAAACCUUGUGCCAUAGAAGACCAAGUAUUGCAUUUAAGCAAUCACAUCCUCUGUCUUACUUAAAAUGUUCUAUAGCUAAAAAAUAAAUAAAUGUAUAGAAAUGUAAACUUUAUAGUUUAUGAAAUCAAGAGGGUAUAGGCUAAAUAUAAAGUUAUAAGUGCAAUGUGGGAGCAUGUCUUUUUAGCUCCUCAAAUGUGUGUGUGUGUGUGUGUGUGUGUGUGUUCAGUCCUUCAGAUACAUAAGCAUCAUCUCUUCAGCUUCUCUUGGAUCAUCAGGAUGAAACCUCAGUAGAUCAUAAAAGAGGUUUCUGUUAAGCACAAUAUCUUGUGUGUCCACACGCAUGUGUGUGUGUUUGUGCAUCAGUGCAUGUCCUCUCAUAGAUACCCGUCACUCCUCUUACACAUGGUUCUUUGUCUGUGGUGUACUGAGGAUGUUCUGCGCAAUUAUGGAUCACCUUCCAGUAAUUCAAUAAACAUUGACAGAAGCAAGA